AUGCAAGGGACAAAGAUCGACCUUCGAGACGAUUCAGAGGUUUUGCGCAAUUUAACCGAGCAGGGCCUGAGUCCAACGACGAAAAGCCAAGGCAACAAGUUAGCACAGAAGGUGCAUGCGGUGAAGUACAUGGAAUGCAGUGCGUUGACUCAACAAAACCUCCGUCAGGUGUUUGACGAAGCGGUGCGAGCCGUGAUAAAGCCGCAGCCACGACAGAGACACAAGUGUCACAUAGCCUAG